AUGUUAACAGUAAUAACAAAGCAAAUAGUACCAUCAUCGAUAUUACAAUCAUUCGGAAAAAAUAGAGCAAACUUAAUUAAUGGAAUUUUAUGGAUACGAUCAAUUUCCAAAGUAUCACCGGGUAUCGUAGGGAAAACUAAGCGUGCAUUACCUGCGCACAUGUAUAAACCAAAACCAAAAUGGGAAACAGGUGAUAUUGAUCCUUAUCCUAAUUUCGAUACAACCAAAAUAUUACGACCUGGUUUUGAAAAUUCCGAAGAAUUAAAAACUGCUGAUGAUCUUGUGAAACGUGUAUUUACUCUCGAAUAUGCCACGCGCGCUGAAAUUCAACAAUAUUAUUCAGAUUAUUUAGUAAAAGCUGUUCAGCGUCAUCCUCUGGAUCAAUCUUCGUAUGAAGUACUCAUUGCUAAGCUGACCGCUCGCAUUCGAAUGCAUAUCAAAUAUGGUGAUAUUGAUCCACGGCGAAGUAGCCGUCGAAACGUUGUCGGCAAACUUCAAACGAUACGCAAUUUUUUGCUUAAUAAAUUAAUGCAUGCUGAUUAUGACGUAUAUGAAUGGUUGAAGAAAGUUUUACGUAUUGAACAUGCACCAGAAAAUCCAUUCAUAACUCAAAUUGAUCAUGAUGAUCGAGAAUUAGAACGAAUGCGUUUACAGCAACAAGCCCGUGACGCUGUUCAAGUCAAAAAAGAUGAAUUAAAAUUACGUUUUGCUGCUGAAAAAGAAAAAUUUGCAAAAGAAAAAGAAUCCUUAUUAUGUGAAAUUCAACGUGAUUUGGAAGAUUUACAGAUUGAAAUCGCUAAACAUAACGAAACUCGCCGACAACGAGCGAGAACUAUUGUUGAAUAA